CCUCCGCGGCCCCGUUGUGACGCGCCGGCGUGCGCGGGCGGCCGUGAUGGCGGAACCCGGUGGAGGCCGCGGUGCGGCGGGCUGAGAAUCAUUGUCUGAGAGGAUUUAGACCAGAUAUAAAAAGAUGCCUGCUGCAUAUGAUUCAGUGCUUGAAGAUAUUGAGGAUAUUGUGUCAGCGCAAGAUUUGAAACCACAUGAGCGACAGUCUGUGAGAAAGAAUGUUUUUCCAAAAGUGCGAAAACGCAAUUCACACAAAAAUAUUCAGACAGACGAUGAUCCACCAAGUGACAGCAUUAUUCCUGGUGCUCAGAAAAUCUGGAUUCGUACAUGGGGAUGUUCUCACAAUAAUUCGGAUGGUGAAUAUAUGGCUGGACAACUGGCUGCCUAUGGGUACAAAAUUACAGAGAACUCUGCUGAAGCAGAUUUAUGGUUGCUGAACAGCUGUACGGUAAAAAAUCCAUCUGAAGACCACUUCAGAAACUCAAUUAAGAAAGCCCAAGAAGGUAACAAGAAGGUGGUUGUAGCAGGCUGUGUUCCACAAGCCCAACCUCGUCAGGACUAUCUGAAAGGCCUUAGUAUAAUAGGGGUUCAGCAAAUAGAUCGUGUAGUAGAAGUUGUGGAGGAAACUAUUAAAGGUCAUUCUGUGAGACUGCUGGGUCAGAAAAAGGAUAAUGGAAAACGUUUGGGAGGAGCACGACUGGAUUUGCCAAAAAUUAGGAAGAAUCCACUGAUAGAAAUCAUUUCCAUCAAUACAGGGUGUCUCAAUGCGUGUACCUACUGCAAAACCAAGCAUGCCAGAGGAGAUCUAGCAAGUUAUCCCAUUGAAGAACUAGUGGACAGAGCCAAACAGUCUUUUCAAGAGGGUGUUUGUGAGAUUUGGCUGACCAGUGAAGACACGGGGGCUUAUGGCAGAGACAUUGGCACAGACCUCCCAACGCUCCUGUGGAAGCUGGUUGAAGCUAUUCCUGAGGGAGCUAUGCUGAGGCUUGGCAUGACAAACCCUCCCUAUAUUUUGGAGCAUCUGGAGGAAAUGGCAAAGAUUCUCAAUCACCCAAGAGUAUAUGCUUUUCUGCACAUACCGGUCCAAUCUGCAUCUGACAGCGUACUCAUGGACAUGAAAAGAGAAUACUGUGUGGCAGACUUCAAACAAGUAGUGGAUUUCCUUAAAGAAAAAGUGCCUGGAAUAACAAUUGCUACAGACAUCAUUUGUGGUUUUCCAGGGGAGACAGAUGAAGAUUUUCAAGAAACAAUGAAACUUGUAGAACAGUACAGGUUUCCCAGCUUAUUCAUUAAUCAAUUUUACCCACGUCCAGGAACCCCUGCUGCAAAAAUGCAGCAAGUUCCAGCUGCAGUGAAAAAACAAAGAACAAAGGAUCUGUCCCAGCUGUUUCAUUCAUACAAUCCAUAUGAUCAUAAGGUUGGUGAGAGGCAGAGGGUUCUUGUAACAGAGGAAUCCUUUGAUUCCAAUUACUAUGUCGCUCACAAUCGGUUCUAUGAGCAGGUUCUUGUGCCAAAGGAGCCUCUGUUAAUGGGUAAGAUGGUGGAAGUGAAUAUUUAUGAAGCCGGUAAACAUUUUAUGAAGGGGCAGCCAGUGUCAGAUGCCAGAGUUUACACUGCAUCCAUCACCAGACCAUUAGCAAAAGGAGAAGUUUCUGGUUUAACAGAGGAGUUCAGACAUGCACCACAGAACAGCUCAAACUGGAAAGCGCACCCUUCUGCUGAGAUCCCAGUGAAAACACCAUUCAGCUCUAGGAUGGCUUUGCAACUCCUGUGGCCACAAGAAGGACUGAAGAUACUGUCUGUCAGCCUGGCUUUACUGGCAGUUCUUGUUACGUUUUACUAUGGAGGGAUGUAAACAGAACCACGAACUGAAAGAAGCUUUUAUGAAAACAAUAAAAUUACUAUUUAAAGUCUUCAAAAGAAACACUUUUACCUACAACUCUCUUUUUUUUUUUUAAAAAAAAAAAAAAAGGAUGAUAUAAAUUGGGGAAUAAUUUGUACUUAUCCUGUGCCUUUCCUGUCAUUCACAGCUCUAGGGAUACCUCUCUGCCAGUAGAUGAAAACUUUGUUUGGUCUAUCGAAGAAAAAAGUUAGUCAUAUCUUUCUUCUUCCUUCCUUUUCUGAAAUGAUGCAAUGUUUUCGUAUCUGCUUUUGCAGGUAAAAACAUAUGCAAGAAGUUAUUAAGGAUAAGGAUGCAUAGGUUAUUAUGCAUAUGAAGUUAUUAAGCAAUCUUUCCAUUGAGUACUGCUGGUAAUUUUUUAUAGGCAGAACAUUUAAAACUUCCUUAAAGAUUUUGCUUAAUACAGUGUGAUGGUUUGAUAUGUGGCUUUUUACAUUAGAAUCAAAUAUUAAAUACAAAGACUGCUGGGCCAUUGAA